AUGUACAUCUACAGGUCUGGAUCCAAGAUGAUUCUUCUUUUAUUAUAUGUAGAUGACAUCAUAUUGACAGGUUCAUCCUCUGAGUUGCUUACUUCUUUUAUAUAUGUCUUGAGCAAAGAAUUUUCUAUGAAGGAUUCAGGGGAUUUGAAUUACUUUUUGGGCAUUGAAUGUCAAAGGACUUCUAGUACUCUCUUAUUAUCUCAGAAGAAGUAUGCUCUUCAAUUACUUCAGAAAGCUGAUAUGCUACAUUGUUCUCAUGCAACCACACCAGUCAUUGUUGAUCCAAGAGUGUUUGUCCAUCAUGGUGUGGUGUUGAGUGAUGAAGAUGCUACAUUAUAUGGAAGCCUUGUUGGUGGAUUGCAGUACUUAACCCUGACUAGACCAGACUUAUGUUUUGCUGUGAAUUAUGUCUGUCAGUUUAUGCACAUACCAACUUCUCUUCAAUUUCAGCUGGUUAAAAGAAUUCUACGAUAUGUGAAAGGCACUGUAAGUUCUGGUGUAACUCUUUCUGCAGGACCUUGUGAUAUUCUAAAAGCAUUCUCAGACUCUGACUGGGCUAGAUGUCCUGAUACUCUUAAGUCAACUUCAGGUUAUUGCAUUUUUCUUGGUAAUUCAUUGAUCUCCUGGAAUUCAAAGAAGCAGCCAACCAUCUCUAGAUCUUCUGUUGAAGCCGAGUACAAAUCAUUAGUUGUUACCAGUGCAGAGAUGUUAUAG